AUGGGUGUGGAGUUAUCUGAUGGAAUUCCUAAUGACUUCAUACGGAAAAAGACUAUUUUGUUACAGGAGCAAGUGUCAUUCAAGGAUGUGUGUGUGGAUUUCACCAAGGAAGAGUGGUACUUGCUGGACCCCGCUCAGAAGGGGCUUUACAGAGAUGUGACCCUGGAGAAUUACAGCAACUUUGUCUCAGUCGGAUAUUGUGUUACUAAGCCUGAAGUGAUCUUCAAGAUAGAGCAAGGAGAAGAGCCGUGGGUAGCAGAAAAUGGAUUCCAGUGCCAUCCAGAAAGGAAAUGGAAAGUGGAUGACCUAAUAGAGAGCAACCAGGAAAAUCAAGAUGAACAUUUUUGGCCACUCAUGUUCACCAACAAGAUCAUACAGCUAGAGAGAGGCGGAAACCCAAGGAAAACGUACAGUCUAGACACUGACCCUGUUUCUUCAAGAAGUUUUCUGCUCAAAAUAUGUGACUCGUGUGAAAUGAAUUUAAAGAAUAUUUCAAGUAUAAUUAUUAGUAAAAAGAACUAUUCCAGAAAGAAGGCUAAUGAGUUUAAUAUAUGUGAGAAACCACUCCCUGAUGGUAGGCCUGAGAGAAUUCCUGUAGGAGCAAAGUCAUAUAAAUAUGAUGGAAAAAGAGAUGUCCUCAGCCUAUGCCACGAUCUCACCCAGCCAAUUUCUGAUCAGCCUUUUGAGUACAGUCAAAAUGGACAAAGCUUCUGUGAGGAGGCGGCCCUUUGUACCAAACAGAGCUCUCAGCUGGGGCAGAGCCUCUACAAACACGCUGAAUGCAGAAGAGCAUUCGCUGACAGUUUGAAGCUCGGUGUAUCUCGGAAAACGCAUUUGCACAUGGAGCCACGUGAGUGCAGUAUUUGCAGGAAGUCCCUUUGUGUGGAUUUACAAUUUGGACCCCAGAGGCUUCUUUCAGGAAACAUUCCUUAUGAGCGUACUGAGUAUGGGAGAAUCUUCUGUGACCGCUCCGCUUUCAUUGCUCAUCAGGAAGCUGCCACAAGGAAGAUUGCCCACGAGUGUAAAGUGAGUAACAAAACUUGGGGAAAGUCGGCUCUCUUUAGACAUCACAUGAUGCACAUGGCGGGGAAACCCUAUGAAUUCACAGAAAAUGGGAAGCAUUUCAGCAAAAAAUCACAUCCCACCCCGUCUCGAAGGGCUCACUUGGGAGAAAAAACCUUUGAAUGUGGUGAGUGUGGAAAGAUGUUUUGGGAGAAAUCAAACCUUACCCAGCAUCAGCGGACACACACAGGAGAGAAACCAUACGAAUGUGCUGAAUGUGGGAAAGCCUUCUGCCAGAAACCGCACCUGACCAACCACCAGCGAACACACACGGGAGAGAAGCCCUAUGAAUGCAAGCAGUGCGGGAAAACAUUCUGUGUCAAGUCAAACCUCACUGAACAUCAAAGGACACACACGGGGGAGAAACCCUAUGAAUGUAGUGCGUGUAGGAAAUCCUUCUGCCACAGGUCAGCCUUAACUGUCCAUCAGAGAACACACACAGGGGAAAAACCAUUCAUAUGCAACGAAUGUGGGAAGUCAUUUUGUGUGAAGUCAAACCUGAUAGUCCAUCAGAGAACUCACACAGGGGAGAAGCCCUAUAAAUGCAAUGAAUGUGGGAAAACCUUCUGUGAAAAGUCAGCUCUUACUAAACACCAGAGAACUCACACUGGGGAGAAGCCCUAUGAAUGCGGUGUAUGUGGGAAGACCUUCAGUCAGAGGUCGGUACUCACGAAACAUCAGAGAAUUCACGCGAGGGCACAAGCUUUUUCAGUGUCCUGAGUGUUCAGCGUUCCUAUGCCUGUCAAGUCAGUUGAAUAGUCCUAAAAGUGAGUCUCGAGCCUGCCAAAGAAUACCACAGAGUACUAGACAAUGCCAUUUUGUUGAAACGCACGAAAGCUUUCAAGAAAACAAAAACUGUAAUUAGAAAGAUUGUAUUGAGGGGAAAUUACUCAUAUAAAUAUGGUAAAAGUCUAUAGAAGUUUAAUUGUGUUGUCUUUCAAUUAUGUUUCAAAAUCAUAUUUUAAAUAUAAUGAGUAAUACUGUUUUCACUUGUAUUCAUAGGAAAGUAUGAAACUUAAAAAUGAGUGACAUUGAACAUAUAUGUAAGAAACAGCUCAUGUUUAUAGACCUUGUGUGAAUAUGUUAUUGUAACAGAAAUUUAGGAAGCAGUUGAUUUGUGUGUUGGAGCCCAAUAAGGAUGUGAGGAAGAAACAGGAACCCUUAGGUUAAUAACUAUAUACUGUCCAUACUAGGUGCCACAGUGUCUGUAGGAUGAAAGGAUUGUGUAUGUUUAUGGACAUAUGUGUGAAUAUGGGUCUAUAUGUAUUUAUGUAAAUAUAU